GUAAGCCCACGCAUGGAGGGUCGCCAGAAAAGUGGACAUUAUCGCUUUAAUUAACUUCGAGAUGCCCCGGCGGCGGGACCUGGCGUAGCGGUGACGCGCCCCCAUAAAUCUGCCGGGCCGGGCUGCUUGGAGAACUCGUACAGUAGCAGCGUCAGAUCCUACGCGCGCCUCCCGGGCCGGAGUCCAUUUACAUAAUUGGAUUUUUUUUUUUUUGCCUCCUUCUUCCUCCCUGAAACUUGUUUGAAAACCCAAGUGAAAGCCCCGACGACCUGCACACGCAAAAGCAAGUGCCAAGUAAGUGCCCAGCGGUGUCCUCGGUGCGCCCCGAGGUUAAGGGGGCGCAGAUGCCCCCGGAGCGGGCCCGGCUCGGGUGAGUGCGGGUAGCCGGCGGGAGCACCAACUCUGCCAGCCUGGCAGCUCAAGGAACUUUUCCUCUCCUUCCUCUGUCUCUCGACUUUUCCGGCGAGGUGAGGUGGUUGGGCCACGCGUGUACCUGUAGCAAGACUGAAGGGGAGAUGCUGGGGGAUGCUGUAGAGUUGGCAUCGCGGGUAGCGGGUCCGGACCACCGCCGCCGCGGCUGUGGAGGGCUGAACUGCGAGCAAGCGGGGCUGGCUGCUUGUCACGCCGCGGAUACAGUUUGUCGCCAAAAGCCUCCCCCAUUAUUCUAAGUUCCUGACCUCCACGGCUUUAAGAAUAUCCUUCACCCAGGACCGACCUCUGUGGCUUUAAGAUUUGCCUGGGAUGGAAGAAGCGAGUCUGUGCCUUGGAGUGUCCUCGGCGGCGCCGGAAGCUGAGCCUCACCUUAGCAGCCCUGUCCUCAACGGCCAGUAUGCCAUGAGCCAGAAGUUGCACCAGAUCACUUCCCAGCUCAGCCAUGCCUUCCCUGAGCUGCAUCCGCGGCCCAACCCCGAGGAGAAGCCUCCCGGGGCCCUGGAGGAGAAGGCCCACGUGCCCAUGAGCGGCCAGCCUAUGGGCAGCCAAAUGGCGUUACUUGCCAACCAGCUGGGCCGUGACGUGGACACCAGCCUCAAUGGGCGCGUGGAUCUGCAACAGUUCCUCAAUGGGCAGAACCUGGGCAUCAUGUCUCAGAUGAGUGACAUUGAGGACGAUGCCCGCAAGAACCGGAAGUACCCGUGCCCGCUGUGUGGCAAGCGCUUCCGGUUCAACAGCAUCCUCUCCCUGCACAUGCGCACUCACACCGGCGAGAAGCCAUUUAAGUGCCCCUACUGCGACCACCGGGCGGCGCAAAAGGGAAACCUCAAGAUCCACCUGCGGACCCACAAGCUGGGCAACCUGGGGAAGGGGCGCGGGCGGGUGCGUGAGGAGAACCGUCUGCUGCACGAGCUGGAGGAGAGGGCCAUCCUGCGGGACAAGCAGAUGAAGGGCAGCCUGCUGCAGCCGCGGCCGGAUCUCAAGCCCUUGGCGCAUACCCAGCAGGCCCCGCUGGCCACCUGCAACUUGGCCUUGCCCCCCAACCACAGCGUGCCCGACGUGGCCCACCCGGCGCCCUCACCCAAGCCGGCCAGCCUGCAGGAGGAUCCGGUGGCCCCCGCAGCAGGCUUCCGAUGCACCUUCUGCAAGGGAAAGUUCAAAAAGCGCGAGGAACUGGACCGCCACAUCCGCAUCUUGCACAAGCCCUACAAGUGCACCUUGUGCGACUUCGCGGCUUCACAGGAGGAGGAGCUCAUCGGCCACGUGGAGAAGGCGCACAUCACCGCGGAGUCAGCCCAAGGCCAGGGCCCCAAUGGUGGUGGGGAGCAGUCGGCCAAUGAGUUCCGCUGCGAGGUGUGCGGCCAGGUGUUCAGCCAGGCCUGGUUCCUGAAGGGCCACAUGCGUAAACACAAGGAUUCCUUCGAACACUGCUGCCAGAUCUGUGGCCGGCGCUUCAAAGAGCCCUGGUUCCUCAAGAACCACAUGAAGGUCCACCUCAACAAGCUCUCGGUGAAGAACAAAUCCCCCAGUGAGCCCGAAGUGCCGGUGCCCAUGGGCGGCCUGUCCCAGGAGGCUCAUGCCAACCUGUACUCCAGGUACCUCUCCUGCCUGCAGAGCGGCUUCAUGCCCCCGGACAAAGCCAGUUUGAGCGAGCCCAGCCAGCUCUAUGGCAAGGGGGAGCUGCCGGCCAAGGAGAAGGAGGCUCUAGGGAAGUUGCUGUCGCCUAUUUCUAGCAUGGCUCAUGGUGUCCCCGAGGGCGACAAGCACUCCAUCCUGGGCUGUCUCAACCUCGUUCCACCGCUGAAAUCCAGCUGCAUCGAGCGGUUGCAGGCAGCUGCCAAAGCUGCAGAAAUGGACCCUGUGAACAGCUAUCAGGCCUGGCAGCUCAUGGCCAGGGGAAUGGCCAUGGAACACAGCUUCUUAGCUAAAGACCGUCAGCUCCCGCGCAACCACGAAGACACUUUGGCAAACGCCGGAGUUCUGUUUGAUAAGGAGAAGCGAGAGUAUGUGUUAGUGGGAGCAGAUGGCUCCAAGCAGAAAAUGCCUGCUGAUUUGGUUCAUAGCACUAAAGUGGGCAAUCAGAGAGACCUGCCAAAUAAGCUCGACCCUCUCGAAGGCAGUCGGGAGUUUUUGUCACAUGGGCUCAACCAGACACUGGGAUAUAAUCCACAGGGUCCUGGGAACAUGAAGGAGAAGCCCACCGAGUGCCCGGACUGUGGCCGGGUGUUCCGCACCUACCACCAGGUGGUUGUGCAUUCUCGUGUCCACAAACGAGACAGAAAGGGUGAUGAGGACGCACUGCACGUGGGCCUGGAGGAGAGGCGUGGCUCCGGCAGCGACCAGGAAUCCCAGUCGGUGAGCCGCUCCACCACGCCCGGCUCCUCCAACAUCACUGAGGAGAGCGGAGCCGGAGGUGGCCUCUCGCAGACAGGGAGCGCCCAAGAGGACAGUCCGCACCCGUCUUCGCCUUCUUCUUCAGACAUCGGCGAGGAGGCCGGGAGAGCCGCCGGCGUCCAGCAGCCGGCGCUGCUUCGAGACAGGAGCCUGGGCUCGGCCAUGAAGGACUGCCCGUACUGUGGGAAGACUUUCCGGACUUCCCAUCACCUUAAGGUCCACCUGAGGAUACACACAGGUGAGAAACCCUACAAGUGUCCCCAUUGUGACUAUGCUGGUACCCAGUCAGCGUCCCUCAAGUACCACCUAGAACGACACCAUCGUGAACGACAGAAUGGAGCUGGACCUCUGUCAGGACAGCCCCCAAAUCAAGAGCACAGAGAUGAGACUUCAAGCAAAGCGUCUUUGUUUAUCAGGCCGGACAUCCUGCGGGGGGCUUUUAAGGGUCUCCCUGGAAUCGACUUCCGAGGUGGGCCUGCCUCUCAGCAGUGGACAUCGGGCAUGUUGUCCUCUGGAGACCACUCAGGGCAGGCCACUGGUAUGUCCUCAGAGCCUCCUUCCGAUGCUCUGAAAGGCUCCGACCUUCCUUCCAAAAGCUCCCACUUCUCAGAGAUUGGAAGAGCUUAUCAGAGUAUCGUGAGCAAUGGUGUGAGUUUUCAAGGGUCCUUGCAAGCGUUCAUGGACAACUUUGUCCUCAGCUCCCUGAAGAAGAAGGAUGCAAAGGAUAAAGCCCCAUCCGACCCACAUUCCAUGAAAACUCACGCGGUGGAUGGUGGGGAGGAGAAAGCCAGCGGGAAGCCCUCCCAGAGGAAGUCUGAGAAAUCUCAGUAUGAACCUCUGGACUUGUCUGUGAGGCCAGAUGCUGCCUCCCUCCCCGGCUCCUCCGUGACCAUGCAAGACAGUAUCGCGUGGCACGGCUGCUUGUUUUGUGCUUUCACUACGUCAUCCAUGGAGCUCAUGGCCCUUCACCUCCAGGCCAACCACCUGGGCAAAGCGAAACGCAAAGAUCACCCCACCGGGGUGACGGUCAACUGCAAAGAGCAGGUGCGGGAGGCCAGCAAGAUGGCUCUGUUGCCCUCCAUACAAUCAAACAAAGAGAUGGCCCUUUCCAGCACUGUCGGUCCUCUAGACUCUGCUCCUGAGAAGAUGGCCCAAGGACAGGCCAAAGAGACUCAUGGGGACCAGAAGAGUGGCCCGUGGUCCAGCCACGUGGACCCUGCCUUUUGUACCUUCCCAUCUGAUUUCUACAAACAGUUUGGCGUCUACCCCAGCAUGGUUGGCUCAGGGGCCCCCAGUUCCUGCCCCAACAAGGAUACCGAUGGGAAAUCCCACCUUGAAGAUGACGCCCCUAUCCUGAUCCCAGAAGCCACUAAUAAAAACACUACUGAUGACCUCUCAGAUGUUGCCUCCUCCGAGGACAUGGAUUCCUCCAAGGGAGAAAACAACGAGGAUGAGGAGAUCGACACAGAGCCCGAAAUGAUGAACAAGCCACUGUCUGCCCUCAGCAAGGACGGCAGCAGCGAUGGCGGGGAUGGUCUGCUGUCCCCAAGUGCUCCCCAGCCCAUCCAGGGACUGGUCUCACCUUUAGCCCAGGCGUCAGAGAAGCAGUGGCACAGCCCAGGCCUUCUUCCUGCCCAGGACCCCUCAGUGGGGCUGCCAAAGCCAGAGCGGGGUCCCCAGGGCCUGGAGAAACCUAUGAACAUGCUGUCGGUCCUCAGGGCCUACAGCGCUGAUGGCUUAGCAGCCUUUAACGGGCUUGCAAGCAGCACAGCAAAUUCUGGAUGUAUCAAGAGGCCAGACUUGUGUGGUAAGUGACACCCAUGUCCUAGUCGGUCUAUCUGGACUUCCCCUUGUCUGUUCGUGCACCUUGGUGUUUUUCUGCAGCUUGUUAACCGUGCAAAGUCAACAGAAGAAUGUGUACACGUAUGUGUGUUGAAUAAAUCAUUCCUACCGGCACAGGUAUGCGUGUGCAGCCCAGCACACCGACCUUACAGUGUGUGUAGAGUCAGGGAGGCUGAAAGUGUUGCCCCAGAUGUUCCAUAAUAGUAAUGGAUUGCAAAGGCUUAGUAAUGGCAGCGAAUGGGAGAGAAAAUUCCCUCCAGGUCAUAAACCCUGAGUGACAAAUGCUGGUGGGUAGCAGGUUCCUGGACAUGUAAACACCUGGCUGGGGUGGGGUAUGCCCUACCAGCUCACCUGAGCUUACAGAGUUGGGCCCCAUGAUGGUCUCGUCGGCGUUUAUCGCUUGUGUCUGAUUGUCAUGUAUUUUGUAACACUUUAGAAGAAUACAGAAAAGUGCAGUAAUUAUCUUUCUCCAUAGUAUUUAAGCAGAAAUAUUGCUAGUUUAAUAUUGUGUCAGGUCGUCGUAUGAACCAGGGACAGAUGACAGUAAAAUCCCAGCGAACAGCACUUUGACAUUCACAACUUAAAAAAAUGGUGAUUGAAGCAAAAUGUGUAAACUUGUACCGGGUAAUCGUGUGCUUUGGAUAGAGUAUUGUUGAAGUAAUUAGAAGAUAUAUUAAGGUGUUCCUGGUAAUGAAGGCAUGUAAGUUAUCACAACUGUAGCUUUCUGAAUAAGUGUCAAACUAUAUCUUUAAGUGUGCUGUAUGCUGAGUUACAAGUUAGGUCAUUUAUGAAUGGAAUGUAAAACAAUACUAAAAAUGCUUCAAUAAGUUAUCUUGGUAUUGCUAAUAAAAAAAAAGCUGUGAAACAUUA